GAAACACAAUUGAAUGAAGUUGAUAGUCGAACGUUCUCCUCAGUCACCCCGAGUUACUUGGCUCACAACCUCAUCCAACUAGUUCCACAUCCAAAACGAACCGGGUCAACCAUGCCCCAGACCCGAAUCCAAUCCGGGUUGUUGAUCGAACCCGACGGCGGCAAGCUUGUUGAGCUCUUCGUUGAUGAAUCACAAAGAGAUUUGAAGAGAGAAGAAGCUUUGAAAUUGCCUCAAAUCAAGCUUACGAAGAUUGAUCUGCAAUGGGUUCAUGUAUUAAGUGAAGGAUGGGCUAGUCCAUUGAAAGGGUUCAUGAGAGAAUCUGAGUUCCUUCAAACUCUUCAUUUUAAUUCGAUUCGUCUUGAAGAUGGGUCUGUUGUUAACAUGUCGGUUCCGAUUGUGCUCGCCAUUGAUGAUUCUCAGAAGAAUCAAAUUGGUGGGUCGAGUCGUGUUGCCCUAGUUGAUGAUGAGAAUAGCUCCAUUGCCAUUCUAAGCGAUAUCGAGAUUUACAAGCAUAGCAAAGAAGAACGGAUAGCAAGAACUUGGGGCACCACUGCCCCAGGUCUUCCUUACGUGGAUGAAGCUAUAACUCAUUCUGGAAACUGGCUUAUUGGUGGUGAUUUGAAAGUUAUAGAGCCAGUCAAGUACCAUGAUGGUCUUGACAGCUUCCGGCUUUCACCUGCUGAACUUCGUGAUGAAUUUACUAGGCGUAACGCAGAUGCAGUUUUUGCUUUUCAACUGAGAAAUCCUGUGCAUAAUGGUCAUGCAUUAUUGAUGACUGACACGCGUCGACGACUUCUCGAGAUGGGAUAUAAGAAUCCUAUCCUUUUGCUUCAUCCUCUUGGAGGUUACACAAAGGAAGACGACGUUCCACUUCAUUGGAGAAUAAAGCAACAUGAGAAGGUUCUUGAAGAUGGGGUUCUUGAUCCAGAGACAACUGUGUUAUCUAUAUUCCCAUCUCCGAUGCACUAUGCUGGUCCAACCGAGGUGCAAUGGCAUGCAAAGGCUCGCAUCAAUGCAGGUGCUAACUUUUAUAUUGUGGGACGAGAUCCAGCUGGAAUGGGUCACCCACUGGAGAAGAGAGAUCUGUAUGAUGCAGAUCAUGGCAAGAAGGUCCUCAGUAUGGCUCCAGGACUAGAACGGCUGAAUAUAUUGCCUUUCAAGGUGGCUGCAUAUGACAAGAGUAAGAAUGGAAUGGCUUUCUUUGACCCAUCUAGGCCUCAAGAUUUUAUCUUCAUUUCAGGCACCAAGAUGCGAACGCUUGCAAAGACCAAGGAGAGUCCUCCAGACGGAUUUAUGUGCCCAGGUGGUUGGAAGGUUUUGGUGGAAUACUAUGAUAGUUUGGAUCAAGCUGAAAAUGGCAGCUUUGCUGAACCUGUGCCUGUUUGAAUGAAUCAUCAUUGAAAAAAUGAAUUACAGCAUGUUUUGGGGUAGAAAAAUUAACAUUUUUCUACCCAGUAUGUUUGUCUGAUGAUUUGUUUUGACAAUACUCUCCAAAAGACAAAUAAUAAUAAUAGUGAGGCAUGGUAUAGGUUGAGGAAAAAGUGUCCCCAUCUUGUAAAUUAUGGUGCUAAGCACAAUUCGAUGCACUAAGCUCUUGCUAUGUAUAGAGUCCAAAGAAGGGCCGGACCACAAUGAUUUAUUCAACGAUGCUUUAUAUUUUUGCAA